CCUUUUUUCGGCUCCAAAAGGCCCCGUGAACCAUAAAACAGGCGUUGCUCUCUCUGGCCCCUCUGCCAUUUUAGCUGCAGGGGGCGGCGUGGGGGGGCCCUGCCGGCGUCCAGCUAGCAGGAAGCACCCCGGCUCUUCCUCCCGUUACACCGCGUUGCAUCGCCCCGGCUAGCACAAAUGCACAGCGCGCUCUAGAUGUCGUCUGGCGCACCAGUGGCAUCGCAAGCGGUCUCCCCCGCGCUCCCCAGCAGCCGUGCGUGUGUGUGUGUGUGUGUCUUUGCUCGCCCCCACCCCCAGCACACCAACCUUCACUCUGCUCCACACUUCAUCCCUUGGCCUUAGCUCGCCCCACGCCGCGAGCCAGCCCUCCCUCCCCACCCCUCUGUUUGAACACCCCCCUCGCCGAUUUCCUAGUCUGAGUCUCCAUCCCUUUUUGCCUCGUUACUGGAAUAAACUGGCCGGCUGGCGUGAUAAACUUUGUGGAGGGAGAGAGCGAUUGGACGCCAAACAGUUACCAGCCCAGAGAGCCCGUCCGGCUGAGCCUGUGAGAUCCACCCAUUACAUGGCUUGCCCAGCUGCUAUCGCCCCCAGCUUACCCUCUCCCUGGAGCCAGGCUAUGUCGUGCUGCUGCUCCCCACCCCGUCACCUGCCACAGACCCAGGCGUCCUGAGCAGGAGGACCACAGAGCCCGCACUGCUGGCUGGGACCCCGGAGCACCCAAACGGGAGAAGUUGCAACCCGGAGGGAUAAUACCCUGGAUUCCUCACUGCAAGGGCUGAUUUCACGUCCAACCUGUGGUGGGAAUGGAUUUUUCCCUUCCUUUUCUUUUUUGAAAAGCUAUCCCCUCAUAAAGAAAAAGCAGCAGAGCCCGCUCCCCCUUCGAAGUCAGCCGUGACAACUCAGCAGCGUAUGUCAAGCGGAUUGGAGGGGAGCUACCUCCAUGGUUGAGUAACACAACAACUCUGCCUCCACAGAGUGGGUGUGAAUACAAAUCCCUCAGCCUGGUCAUGCAAGAACACCCCACUGCCGGGGAGCUUUGAGAAAGGAUUGGGUUUAUUAUCCUGUUUUAAGUAACUUUUGGGAAGAAAGCAGGAGGAAUCAGACACCAAGUCUCGGGGCGGGGGAGAGAUUGCCAAAAAAAGGGAGGCUCUUGGGACAACCUGCAAGGAAAUAAAAAUUCCUUCAGACUGCAAACUGGAACCUGACGCUGAAAAGGAUGGAUUUACAAAGAGCCGAGCUGAAUUGAAGUCUGGCAGCCCUGAAACGUGCAUGGUUGCUGGGGAGGGCUAGCCUGAUUAUAUAUCACUGUCAGAAGGGUGUGCUGGGUUGGGAAGAAGGAUAAAAGAGGUCGGGCUGAACUGAUGCCCACUGUGGACAUAAAAAGUCCCUUGGAGUUUGCAAAGCUGCAGCCUCAUCGAUGGAAGUAGGAGUCUAAAGGUCAAGUUGAUCAGAGAGGAGGGAGUGGCGUAGCAGGAAGGUCCCAAAGGUGUAACCCAGGGUCCACUCCCCACCACCCCCGGCACAAUGACAACAGCAUCCACGGUGACCUCCACGGUGGUGACCACAGCAUCAGCCAUGGACCUGCGUGACUGGCUCUUGCUGUGCUAUGGCCUGGUGGCCUUCCUGAGCGAGGUGAUGGCCAGUGGUGCCUCCUGCCCCUCGGUGUGCCGCUGCGACAACGGCUUCAUCUACUGCAACGACCGGGGCCUGACUUCCAUCCCAGCCGACAUCCCCGACGAUGCCACCACCCUGUACCUACAGAACAACCAGAUCAACAACGCUGGUAUCCCCUCCAACCUCAAGUCCAAACUCAACGUCCAGGUGAUCUAUCUCUAUGAGAACGACCUGGACGAGUUCCCUAUCAACCUGCCACGCUCACUGCGGGAGCUACACCUCCAGGACAACAAUGUGCGCACCAUCGCUCGCGACUCCCUGGCCCGCAUCCCCCUGCUGGAGAAGCUCCACCUGGACGACAACUCCGUCUCCACUGUCAGCAUUGAGGAUGACGCCUUUGCUGACAGCACCCGCCUCAAGCUGCUCUUCCUGUCCCGCAACCACCUCAGCAGCAUCCCGUCUGGCCUGCCUCGCACUUUGGAGGAGCUGCGGCUGGAUGACAACCGCAUCUCCACCAUCCCGCUGCAUGCUUUCAAAGGGCUGAACAGCCUGCGGCGGCUGGUGCUGGAUGGGAACCUGUUGGCCAACCAGCGCAUCGCCGACGACACCUUCAGUCGGCUGCAGAACCUCAGCGAGCUGUCCCUGGUGCGCAACUCUCUGGCUGCCCCUCCGCUCAAUCUGCCCAACUCCCAUUUGCAGAAGCUGUACCUCCAGGAUAACGCCAUCAGCCACAUCCCCUACAACACCCUGUCCAAAAUGAGGGAGCUUGAGAGGCUGGACUUGUCCAACAACAACCUCACCACUCUGCCCAAGGGCCUGUUCGAUGACCUGGAGAGCCUGACCCAGCUGCUGCUCAGGAACAACCCUUGGUUCUGUGGUUGCAGCCUCAUGUGGCUGAGGGACUGGGUCAAGGCCCGGGCUUCAGUGGUCAACGUGAGGGGGCUGAUGUGUCAAGGGCCAGAUAAAGUGAGAGGCAUGGCCAUCAAGGACAUCACCAACGAGAUGGAUGAGUGCUUUGAGGCGGGUGCACAGGGCAAUGCAGUGGCAGCCAAGACCACCACCAGCCACGCAGCCGUCACUACACCUCAGGGCUCCCUCUUCACCCUCAAGGCCAAGCGACCUGGGAUCCGCCUGCCAGACUCCAACAUUGACUACCCCAUGGCCACAGGGACCGGCACCAAGGCUUUGGUUCUCAACGUCAAGCCACUGACGGCCGAUAGCAUCCAGAUUAGCUGGAAGGCCAUGCUACCUGCUGCUUCCUUCCGGCUCAGCUGGCUGCGUCUGGGUCACAGCCCAGCGGUAGGCUCCAUCACCGAGACCCUGGUGCAAGGGGACAAGACCGAGUACUUGCUAACGGCCCUGGAGCCCAAGUCCACCUACAUCAUCUGCAUGGUCACCAUGGAGACAGGCAGCACAUAUGUGGCAGAUGAAACUCCGGUGUGUGCCAAAGCAGAGACAGCUGACACCUACAGCCCCACUACCACCCUCAACCGGGAGCAGAACGUUGACCCAAUGGCUGGGCUGCCUCUGGCAGGGAUCAUUGGUGGGGCAGUGGCCUUAGUCUUCCUCUUCCUGGUCUUGGCAGCCAUUUGCUGGUAUGUCCACCGGACGGGCGAGCUGCUGACGCGGGAGAGGGCCUACAGCAGGGGCAGCCGGAAGAAAGACGACUACGUCGAAUCGGGUACCAAGAAGGACAACUCCAUCCUGGAGAUCCGAGGUCCUGGGUUGCAGAUGCUUCCCAUCAACCAACACCGAGCCAAGGAGGAAUACGUAAUCCACACGAUAUUCCCAUCCAACGGCACCAGCUUAUACAAAAGCACCCAUACCAUCGGCUACGGCACAACCCGUGGAUAUAGAGACGGAGGCAUCCCAGACAUAGAUUACACCUAUACAUGAUGGAGAACCAUCGCUCCCUCUCAACCCCCACACCGCCCCAUGCGGCUGCCACCGGAUGGCUUACAAAUCGAGGAGAAACUAUUUUCUCUAACAGAAACGGCUUGAAUGGCAGGCAUUGGGGAGAAGGGAGGGAAAAACUAUUUUGUAGAAAAACAAGGGGUGGUUAAAAAUUAAAAAAAAAAAAGACAUAAUUUAUAUUUAAUAUUCCAGAUUUCAAACGAACAACACGUGCUCAUGGAUCGUCAUGGAUUGAGGAGAAAAAGCUACCUAUUCAUAUCUUUCCUCUCGUGUAAAUCUAUUUUCUUUUUCAGGAGAUAGGUUAUAAAAGAAAAAAAAAUUCAACACAUAACUGUCAUUCCUGACUGCUGACCGUUGACGGUUUAGCCAUCCCCGCUUCAGAUAGGAGAGGAGGAUUUUUCUCUCAUUUUAAUGGGAUCUACUUCCAACCCUUUCCUGUCUUUAUUCCCAUAACUGGUUGCUUGGUUUUACUUUUUAUGCCGCCUUCGUCAACUGUUUUGUUAAGAGCGAACGGAUUUGGAUUUCCCCCCUCUCCCAAAGCUGGGGGGGAAAUGGGAAAAUAUUCCAUAUUGCAGCAUAGUUCCUGGGCGCAGACAAUUGAAUUGGACCCCUUGGUUAACUCCAGACACUUCAAGUAGAAACAUUAUCUAAUUCAAUUCAUAGCUUUGUCCAUAGCAAAAAAAAUUAUAUAUAUAUAUAUAUAUAUAUACACACACACACACAUAUAUAUAUAUAUACACACACACACAAACCUCCUCAUCAUCAUUUUCUUCCAGACAGCUCGGGUGAUGGCUUCCAGGGGAUAAGGUGCAGGAUGCUGAUGUCCAAAUGUAUCUCAGGUUCCAUUGGGUCACAUAUAUUUGGGGGAAGAAGUGGAUUUCGAUUCAGAUUCCAGCACAAUAGGCUUCGGUGGAAGAUUCUGCCUUUUGGGCCAGGUGUUGGGAAGCAGGAAUGCACAGGGGGCCCAUGGUGCUAGGAAAAACCCAUUCUGGGUCACCGCUGGUUUGGGAGAAUCCUGCUGAGAUGGUUAGAAUUGCUCGAAACAAAGCCACAAUGAUACUUUCUUUUUAAGAGCAGGACCAGGCAGGUUUGCUCAGGAAGCCACAAAGAUAUAUAAGCAGCCCCAAUUAACACUCAUCUAUCUUCCUUGGAAAACCCAGCCUUGACUUUUAACUUUCUUCUCCUUUUAUUAACAUUCAAAGGUUUUAAAAUUACACCCAGGUCCGAAAUCAGGAUAGGAGCGACUGGGUGCAAUUCCAUGGGCUUGGGCCUGAAUGUUUUAGGAAAGGUGUGUGCAAGGUCAAGUGCAAGGAUAUGGUACUACAGUCCAGCAGUGCUGGGGAUAGAAUCCAGGCAUCCUAACUCCCAGUGUCCCCCCGCUCUAACCACUAAACCCCACUCGCUCAGGUGCACAGAUCUAGCCCUGGGCUAGAACACAUGCAUAAAGAAUCCGCUGCAGUGCCACUGUGCUCCUGUGAGGCUGUAUCUCAGAGCAGGGUUUGUGGAAGGUGCAUGGCGAUGCCCUGGUGCUAACUACGGCAUGUCACUAGCAGCCGAAGUACCAGAUCUCAGAGGCUCAUAAGGUCAUCACAGAGUGGACACGGGAUCUAAAGUCGCUGAAAGAGGUCUGGGGGAAUCAGUGAGGGGGCUGUACCAGCCUAGGCAUGAAUAUUCACUUGCCCCCACUGCUGCCUCCCCCCCCACACACACACACACAAAACAUGCACACAGAGAAACACACAUACAGAGCCAAUCUCACUCACACACACAGAGGUCUGUCUGUCUCUCUUUCAUAGAAUCAUAGCAAUGUAGGACUGGAAGGGACCUUGCAAGGUCAGCUAGUCCACCCCCCAACACUGAGGCGGAACCAUCUAAGACAGGUGUUUGUCCAACCCGUUCUGACAUAUCUCCAAUGACGGAGAUUCCACAACCUCCCUUGGAAGCCUGUUCCAGUGCGUAACUACUCUUCUUAUUAGAGUUUUUCCUAAUAUCUAACCCAAAUCUCCCUUGCAGCAGAUUAAGCCCAUGACUUCUUGUCCUACCUUCAGUGGACAUGGAGAACAAUUGAUCCCCAUCCUCUUUAUAACAGCCCUUUACAUAUUGGAAGGCUAUUAUCAGGUCUCCCCUCAGACUUGUUUUCUCAAGACUAAACAUGGCCAUUUUUUUUUAAUCUUUCCUCAUAGGUCAGGUUUGCUAAACCUUUUAUCAUUUUUAUAGCUCUCCUCUGGACUCUGUCCAGUUUGUCCACAUCUUCCUAAAGUUUGGCGCCCAGAACUGGACACAGUUCUCCAGCUGAGGCCUCUCCAGUCCUAAGGAGAGUGUGACACUUACCUCCACUGUCUUACCUAUGACACAAUGAUAUUAACCUUUUCUGCAACUGCAUCAUAUAGUGGAUUCAUAUUCAGUUUGUGAUCCCCAUAAUCCCCAGGUCUUUUUUGGCAGAACUACCACCUAGACAGUUCUUCCCCAUUUUGUAGUUGUGCAUUUCAUUUUUCCCUCCUAAAUGUAGUACUUUGCACUUGUCUUUAGUGAAUUUCAUCUGAGUGGUUUAGACCAGUUCUCCAAUUUCUCAAAGUCAUAAAAUGCUUUCAACCCCUCCCAGCUUGGUGUCAUCCACAAAUUUCAUAAGCAUAUUCUCCUCUCCGUUAUCCAAGUCAUUAAUGAACAUAUUGAAUAGUACCAGACCCAGGACAGACCCCUGCAGGACCCCACUAGAUACACCCUCCCAGUUUGACGGCAUACCGUUGAAUUACUCUUUGAAUUCAGUUCUUCAACCAGUUGUACCCACCUUAAAGUAAUUUUAUCUAGACCACAUUUCCCUAGUUUGCUUAUGAGAGUGUCAUGUGGGACUGUGUCAAAAGCCCAAUAUUAAGAUCUAUGUCUACCGCUUCCCCCCUAUCCACUAGGCUAGUAAUCCAGUGAAAGAAGGAAGUUAGGUUGGUUUGGCAUGACAUAUUCUUGACAAAUCCAUGUUGGCUGUUACUUAGUACCCUAUUAUCCUCUAGGGGCUUACAAAUUGGUGGUUUAAUAAUUUGUUAUUAUUUCAUACAUACAUACAUACACACACACACAGUUGAAAAUCCUUGAUUCUGGAGAAUAGGAAUAAAUACAAUUAUCUGGCUGAUUGGAGAGCCGGCAAUAAAUAUCCCAUUAGCAAUAUCUGUAAAAGGUGCUGUCUCCUUGCUGAUGGCUCUGCCAGUGGCUUUCAUCCUUUAAUAACUAAAACAGUCCCACAUAAAACACUUUUACCUGCUUAUGACAAAACAAUAGAUGCCAAAACUAAACGAAUUCUAGACCAGAUAACCCACAAGGAUACAGAAUAAAACUCCUCUGUCUUCCAGCCCCAAGAGGGGGAAAAUAAUCCCAAGUAAGGGAAGUGGCUAAAAGAUUUGAUUCUGCAUUGUCCUGUGUCUUGUUUUGUCACUUAUUCCAGUGCAAAGUGAGCUGCUGUUCUGAUUAGGUGGCAUUUCACACCCAUUUUGCAUAGGCAUAAAGGACAACACUUGGCUGUAGGGCAAUGUGUCCUGCAUUUAGACCCAAUUCAGCAAAGCACUUGAGCACAUGCUAGACAAGUCCCAAUGGGUGCAUUUUCAUUAGGAAAAAAGGUGUGUUAGCUAACAUGAGUUAAUAUCCUAGUGAAGACAAAGCAGUCUGUAGUUUUAACACACAUUAGUAGGUUGAAGUAAAAACUAGUGGAGAGCCCUGACCAAGAUCAAGGCCACAUCAACCUGUGCAAUACAGAGAUACAUAAUGAAAGACAGCCCCUGCCCCAAAGAGCUUACAUAUAAAUAGACUAAGAAUGGGACGGGAUACAGAGGCAGAGAGAGGGGAAGUGAUUUGCCCAAGGUCAUACAGCAGGUCAGUGGCAGAGGUGGGAACAGAACCAGGUGUCCUGAAUCCUAAUCCUUUGUGCCAUCCAUUAGAACACACUGCCUUCCUAGAAACGAGCCACUUUGGGUCACAUAUCAAAAAUGGUUUAGUUAAACUGGAGCAAACUGUGUGAACUAUUUGAAACUGGUUUAUAUUGGUUUGACUUGUGCCUGUACGGCAUUGUGUAUAUGGGAAGGUUGCACCAGUAUAAAAAGAGUGGAUAGUCUUACUUCAAUUUGAACCUGGUUUAUAUCAAUCCUGUAUACGGCGUUGGCGAGACUGAUACUGAAGUACUGUCUCCAGUUCAGCAGGCCAUAUUUUAAAAGGGAUAUUAAAAAAUUGGAGAGGGUGCAGAGAAGACCCACAAAAAUGGUUCAAGGGCUGAAAAAAAUGCCUGCCAGUCAGAGACUUCAUAAGCUCAAACUGUUUAGCUUUUCAAAAAGAUCAGGAGGUGACUUUGAUUACUAGUAAGCACGUACAUUCAUGGGGAGAAAAUCGUAGGCCCUAAAGGGCUCUUUAAUCUAGCAAAGGAAGGCAGAACAAGACCCAGUGGCUAGAAGUUAAAGUCAGACACAUUCCAAUUAGAAAUAAGACACCAAUCUUUCACAGUGCAAGUGAUUAACCAUUGGAACAAACUCCCAGGGGAUGGGGUGGAUUCUCCAUCUCUUAGGUAUCUCCAGAUUCAGACUGGCUGCCUUGCUGGAAGAUGCUUUAGCCAAACGACAAGUUACUGGGCUCAGUACAGGGGGAACUGGGUGAAAUGUUAUGGCCUGUGUUAUGCAGGAGGUCAGACUAGAUGAUGUAAUUGCCCCUUCUGGCAUCAAACCAAUGGAGUACAGUCCACACACAGUCGCACCCACUUAUCUAUAUUGGUUUAACAUUAACAUCUUUAGCUAAAUCGGUACAAUUUCUGUGGACAGCCAAGCUCUACAUUUAUCAACACAAUCUAAAUCAAUAUGAGCCAGGUUUAAACUGAUAUAAGGACAUCUCCACAGACUUUUGCACUUAUUUGUCUGAACACCAGGUCUUAUAUCUUGCUUAUAAUCAAAAUCGUGCUCAUCUCAUCUCAUCUACAACCAGAGUGGCAACAAUUAUUACUAUUUAUUAUUUGUAUUAUCGGAGCCCCAUUCAUGGACCAGGACCCCAAUGUGCCAGGAGCUAUACAAACACAGAAAAAGACACAAGUCCCUGCUUCAAAGAGCUUACAAUCUAAGUGUAAGAUAAGAAACCUGGAUACAGACAGAGCAAUAGAGAGUAUGGUGAUUUUAAUCUGAGUUAGUAACAAUCCCUAGCAUUUAUAUAACCUUUUUCAUGAGUAGAUCUCAAGGGCUUUACAAAGGAUAAAUAGCAUUAUCCCCAUUUUAGAGGUGGGAAACUGAGGUACAGAGGGGGGAAAUGACUUGCCUAAGGUCACGCAGCAGGCCAGUGGCAGACCAAGGAAUAGACACCUGGUCUCCUGAAUCCCGGUGCAGUGCUCUAUCCAUAAGACCACAUUGUCUGUCCAAAUGCAAGCAUUCAAAAAUCAGAAGGGUUUUUUUUUUUUCAAAACCUGUGGGGUUCCUUUUAUUUGUCUUCCAGAUGUCACGUUCUUCUCUAUAACCAGGAGAGCUGGAGAUUAUUUUUUGACAAGGCUGGCAGUCAUGAGAAUCCAGGAGUGCAGCCUGCAUUAUAGACAAACCCCCAGAUCUGCCCUUGUGCCCACAUCUGCUUUUACACUUCACCCCUUGCAAACUGCAACUGCAAUUCCAGAAAAGCUUGGCUCUGAUGUUCCUUGGAAAAUACAGCUUCUCCAGCUGAUUAUGCCGCUGGUCUAUCCCAAUGCAAAUUUAUGCAGCUAUUUAGCCACUUGCCAGAACAACCGAGGGAUAGGAUGGAGGGAUAUUUAUUUACAAAGUUCAAAAGAAAGUCAUUUUAAAGUAGGAAAAGUCUUAUUGCUCUUCCUUUCCAUUCACAUCCAUGGCAAGGUAAAAGAUGACAAAAGAAAGGCAUACAGCGGAGCUUAUAUUUAUAUGAUUAACACUGCAUGAAAGGAUCCAGCCCUCAGUUCCGGCAUUCCACCUCCCACGAAGUGUAAUUUUAUUAAGUGUUUAACUCUACACACAGCACUUAACAAAUGGAGCUAAUUUGAACUAGUGCUCCAAGAGGACACGUUUAGCACAAUGCAAACCUGGUGCUCAUUAAUUCAGGUGAUUCGAGCAUGUUUCGCUUAUGUCUUUCCCUUCCGUGCACCUGGAGUUUACAGUAACAAUUUACAGCUCAGCUUGCAAAGCUGCCAUAAUUUAAGACAGAGCCAUUCAAACAGGUAAAAAAAAGUUUUAAAAUGCAAAUGAUUUGCCUUUAUUUAUUUAUUUGUUGCCAAAAAAUUCAGUUGCUAAACUCAUUAGCUGAAACGAAGCCACUUAAAGGUGACACUGAAUAUGGAUUUUUUUUUUAUGUCUGCCAAGGGUUGGCUCCUUCUGCAUGAAGCGUCAGUGAUCUUGGCUCUUGGGGGCCUAGGGUAACCAGAUGUCCCAAUUUUAUAGGGACAGUCUCAAUAUUGGGGGCUUUGUCUUAUACAGCCACUUAUUACCGCCCACCCCUGUCUUGAUUUUUCACACUUGCUAUCUGGUCAUCCUGCAGGGGCCCAAUCCUGCAAAUGCCAUGUGAAAAGCAGGCAUGAGACCAACCAGAAUAUUUCAUGCUCACUUUGCACUAGUGUGAACGAGUCGAGCCCUGUAGCUUCCACCAUCAACAUUUGAUCCAGGUGGAAUCUUGAGCCUAAAGACAAGCACAAAAAUUCUCCGAGGAAGCAGUCUCGUCCACAGACUGUCUCUGUACCUUACAAUCUAGCCUCACUACUAGACAUCACUCCCCCAAACACACACAUUGAGCUAUCUGUUCAACUCACUUAUGCCAUACAGCUUGAUAGCUGCCUAGGGCUUUUAACUGGAGUAACAGCAGACACUGUCUUUGAAUAGCACAUAAUCGUUUGGCCUGAAUUCUCCACUGGCUUCUUAAAUUUUCUUCUUGUUCCCUUCCAUUUUUGCAGGGCCUGGCUUUUGCAAUCCCAGAAUCUGGAGCAAUUUAUCUCAUCCCUCCCUCAUCCCUGGGAGUUUAAAGAGAUAUGGGAUAAAAUUUUCAAAUGUGCCUAAGUGACUUAGGAGACAAAGAUCCAUAUUUAAAAGUGACGUAGGUAAUAUAGCGCCUAAGGCUCAUUGAAAGCCAACAGGAUUUAGGCUCCAAAGGUAUUUAGCAAACCUGAUCAAAAAUUUUCAUACAAAACAGUUUUCUGUCAGAAAAUGCUGACUGGAUUAAAUCAGAAUUUUUUUUGCUGGAUUUCAUCAGCAUUUUUGUAGGAAAUUAUCCAAAUUGUUUUGUUUUUAAAAGGGAGGAAAGCUUGGUUUUGAUGCUGCAUUUUUAAAUUCUAGUAUCAUAUUGUCUAAAAGUCUAAACGAGACAUUUUGACCUUAUUGAAACAAAAUAAUUUUGAAUUGUUCACAGAAUGGAAAUUCCAUUUUUUGGCCAGCUCUAGUAUUUAAGCACUUAAAGAUGCAGAUGGGUGCCUACUAGGAUUUUUAAAUGUGCCUAAAUGAGCUAGGUGCCUAAAUCCCAUUGCCUUUCACUGGGAGUUAGGUGCCUAACCUGCUUGGGGGCUUUUGAAAAUCUCACUAGGCAUCUACCUGCAUCUCUAGGUGCCUAAAUACCUUGGUAAAUCUGGCCCUAAGUCACUUUUACAAAUGGGUCUUGAGCUCGUAGGUCACUUAGGUGUUUUUUUAAUAGAGGUCCCUUCCUAAAGCUUUUCUCCUCCCUUAGAAUAAGCUUAGCUACUUUAUUCUUUCUGCGGCAGAUAUCUGGGCAUGAUCUAUUGAUUAGGGUUGGGGGGAUGGGACUGGGAGCCAAGACUCCUGGGUUCUACUCCCAGCUCUGUUGCUGACUCACUCCAUGAUGUUGGGCAAGCCACAUACCCUCUGUGUGCCUCAGUUUCCCCCAAGAGUAAAACAGGGAUUUGAGACUAAAUUACCUAAUGCUUGUAAAUUGCUUCUUGCUGGGAAGUGCUACAGAAGUGCACAGUAUUGUUAUUUUUAAUAAGUUGUGGGAACAGAGUUGUCCCUGCUCUUUGACAUUCAAAGCAAAGACAAUCUGGUGGAAUGGUGGCCCAUUUUCACCUCAGUCAGCAAGAUGAGAUUAAAGGCCAGCACUCUGGACCUAUCUAAUUUCAUCUGUUUGUGACACAGUGUUCCCAAACAGUUUAAAAUACAUCCCGAACAUAGGAAUCAAAAGACUAAAUCAGACCCAUGCGCCAUGUAGCCCAGUAUCCUGGCCAGAUUCUUCAGAAGUAUGCUUGCAUUAGGCAGAUGUGGGAUAAUCUACCCUCUACAAUCCCUAAUAGAGGUCAGUUUAAGCCCUGAAGCAUGAGUUUUAAUAUCCCUUCUAAUGCUCAUUUUGUUGGCAUUAACUAUUUUAACUCUGGAUAUUCUUGUUACCCAAACAUCCAAUCCCUCUUUGAAUCUUUCAAAGGUUCAAAUAAUCAGACCUGAUGUUUUAAAAAAUGAAGCUUUAGGGUGAGAGUCACCCUUUCAACUAAUUAAUUCAAGCAAGCAUCGCAAGUCCUGUUUUGAUGGUCAUAUAGACAAGUUAAUAGAAAUACCCUUGGCCCAGAUCUGGGUGCCAUCAGUUUGACAGCAGUGUAACCCCCAGUUUGAAACUGAUAUGAAUCCCAGAAUUUGACACCAGUGUGACUCUCAUCUUGAAAUGGUGUCACUCCCAACUUGAAACUGACAUAAUUCCCAGUUCGACACUGGUGGGACUCGCUGACUGCAGUGGAAAUUACUCCUGAUUUACACUGGUGAAACGCUGAUCAGAAUCAGGGCCCUUAUGCUCGCAAUCAGUGAUGCAGCCUUUACAAACAAUUUCUUUCCUUGUCAAGGAAUAUUAGUCCCCUUCUCAUCCUCACUUUGAUGGACAGAAACUUUAGUAGAGGAGACAUUCAUUUUUGUUCCUUAAGAUUGUUGUUAUGAGAUCAUGAGAUACUGGUUUGGUUCUUUGUUGACUUGACUCUUGUGCACUCAUUUCCACCAGCGCAAAGUGAGAAUGUAAAUAUUACCCAUUCUAAUUAGGUAGCACUUUGUGUGACAUUCAGGGAGACAAGAAAUGGGGCCCAUUUCAUUUUGACUUCAAAGGCAGUUUUGCCUAAGUAAAUUCUACAAGCUUUGCCCCUGGCUGUGCUGUAGUCUGGAUGGGGGCUGGUAUCAAAACCGGUGGCAUCAGAACAUGGUUCGCAGGGCAUCUGGCUUUUUGGCACCGCAGUUACAAUUCCAGGGAGGGCUGGAUCGAUUUUCAUACGUGGCUAGUAAACAAAGAACAGGAUUGUCUUUGAGGCUGGGGAAUGCAAGGCAGAAACAAAUGUAUCUAAAGAGGCCUAGGAGUUCCAGCUCCUAUUUGGCCUCUGUUUAAAUAUAUCAGUAUCCAUUGAAGAAUUUACAAUAUACUGUAGCCUCUACAUAAUGCUACUCUUACUGCUGGGGGCACUAUCUAAACAGCACUCCCUUCCACUACCACUCUUAGCCUUCGAAACCUUAUUUUCACUGGUUGUUGCAAGAAAAGCUAUGACAGGACUAGAACCUUUGGAGCUGUGAACUCCAAGCAGUUGGUUGAAGUAAUAAAGUGGGAGUGAGGUAAAGGUCAGUGAUGAAGGGGGCAGAGUUAAGGUUCGGUAGUGGGAGUGAGGCAUACAUUAAUACACCUCUAUCCAACCCCAAACACUCCCUCUAUCUUCUAUCCAUCCCCAAACACACCCCUCUCUAUCUAUCCAGCCCCCAUCCAACCUUCUAUCCAUCUACCUAUCUGCAUACACAUCUUUAUAUUGAUCUCUGCAUUCACCCAUCCCUCCCUCUUUCUCCACACACAUUUCCUGGGUUUGGGAGGUUUACGUUUGCAUGUUCUUAACGUAAGUUUAGCCACUUUGCACAUUCUGGAAAGGCACAUGGCAGCAGCAGGCAAUCAUAAGUCUGCCUUAACCAAGUUUUGGGGUAGUUAAUCGACAGGGAAAGUAUUGCAUAAAGCGAGGAGCAUGGCUAGUAUUGUCGCUGUCAUCUUCAUGGCUGUUAAUUGACAUGCAAACCAAUCAUCCCAAGGAGCAGCUCACCUUCCAUUCCCCCACAUAAUCCAGAUCAGAGUUGGACUGGCGCUCAGCCCAAUGGACAUUCAGCAGCUCAACACAGCUGCAAAGAAAGUCAGCCCCUCGCAUAGCAUCAUGAAAAGAUUCAGUUCAGCUCCUUGCAAACUGGACCUCGCAUAGCAUCAUCAGACAGACUCAGUUCUGCAAGGGAUCCAUGGGACCUCAAACAGCACCAUCAAACAGAAUCAGUUCAGCAUUAUGUUCAAAUUCUGUAUCUUCACAUCAGUGGGACCACAAUCCUCCCAUUCGUCCAUCCCUUUUCUUCUUCCAUGCAUCUGCUGAGCCAUGCGCCGACGGAGACCAGCCUGGUUAUCCCAUCUCCUCGCCACCAAAAUAAGGGUUCUUUUCUGAGAAACCAAAGUGCACUCAUUGCGCGCCCUUUGGCCUCUUUCCUUUAGGUGCCUUGAAAUUUUCAACGUCUGAGAUGAAUGUGUUCCUUUGUCCCCCCCUUUUUUUUCAUAUAAAAAUAAAAAACAAAACAAAUGGACAAAAAAAAGUAUGAGUUUAAAAGAAAAAAAUUCUUUCCUUGUCCUUUCUUGAAAUAAAAUAGAAAGAUUUAACUUU